AUGCUCCCCAGAACAAUCCCCGCAACAGCCCGACUCUUUACUAGCACCGCCGGAAAACUACCGACUGCAGUGCCAGUCAUCGUCUGCGGAAAGACGAGUCAGGUCGGGGAUCUCGUGAGGGAGGCAUUGCAUCCUGAAUACGAAGUAACGCAUCUCUUCCUCUCGCCGUCGACGGCGAAGAAUGAGAUUCCUGUAUUACUGCGUCAGGCGAAUUCAACUACAUCUACAGAAAAUGGGAAAUCCCCCGCGGCGAUCAUUAUGGGCGGCGGAUAUACCAACACCGAUUUAGACGAGAUCCGCGCGGCCAGUCAGGGGCCGGAUGCCAGACCGGUCGCCUGGCUGAAGGUCGAUCCGCAGAAAACGCCGUCGUCGCUUCCGGUGGGUCCAGAGUAUGCCCGGGCCGUGGCGCAGCGGACGAAGGACCGGUUGGACGAGUUGGUCCAGAAUGGGGGCAUUCAUAAGGAUGAGGUGCAUUUCAUCUAG